AUGUUUGCGGCGCUUAGCAGACUCUCUACUCGUAGAAGAGCAUGUCAGAUUGCUUGUCAGAGGCUGUUGCAAUCCAGAGAUCUUCCGACAAGCUUUGGUUGUCCUGGUACCGGUAGAUCAUCAUGGCAAUCCUACUAUACUUCGAGUGGAGCCACUGGUCCCCCCUUCCAUUCGACAGGUCUGUUUUCCAUCCCUGAACUCCAACGGCCUGCUGAUUUUAUGAAGCUGGCAGGAGAAGCCAUUGAUACCUGCAACAGUGUUAGACAAGAUUUGCGAUCCCAGCUGGAUGUUACUGUAACCCAACCCUAUCAAGCACAGGAGUACCUGUUUCAAUUGGAUCACAUCAGCAAGACUGUUUGCAAUGUCAUUGACGCCGCUGAGCUCUGUCGAUCAGUGCAUGCCUCGCCAGAAUGGAGAGAGAGCGCCGAUCGAGCAUUUGCCACUCUCAGUUCCUACAUUGGUGAACUCAAUGCCGAUACCAGUCUCUACCAAACACUCCUCAAGGUCACAACGGCACAAGACCAAAACCAAAUUCAACCGGCACUGACCGAAGAAGAAGUGCGCUUUUGUAGACUCUUGCAAGCAGAGUUUGAACGUGAUGGAAUUCAUCUCCCAGACGACAAACGAGAGGAAGUCCAGCACUUGCAAAUGCACGUCACACAACUUGAAACCAUGUUUUCACAGAAUAUUGUCACCAAGAAGAAACAAUUCGACGUGGAACGCUCCGCCGUGGAAGAUAUCAUACCAUCCAAGUAUCUGGCAGCACAUGGAUUUGCGCCAGAACAAGACAUGCUGAACCUGUCCACAGAUUCUGAUAUUGCACACAGUUUGCAAAAGUAUUCCCCCAAUCCACAAGUGCGAAGACAGGUAUACAUGGAAUCCAUGACGGCCUGUUCCGAAAACUUGCCUGUAUUGGAUGCCUUGAUUCAACUUCGACAUGAAGUAUCCACCAAGUUGGGAUUCCAAUCCUACGCCGAUCGGUUGCUCCGCGACAAAAUGGCGGGCAGUCAGGAGCAAGUCAACGCGUUCUUGCACAACCUGCUACAAGCCAAUCAGACCGCGUAUAAAAAAGAAAUGGAACAACUUGCCCAUGCCAAACUCCGAGUGGAGAAAACCAGCAAUAUUGUCGAACCAUGGGAUGUUUCCUUUUACACUUCCGUCAUCAAGGCACACACUGGGUUUGACACGGGAGCCAUUUCUGCCUAUUUGACACUGGACAAUUGCAUUGAGGGAAUCAAAAUACUAGUACAACGACUCUUUGGCAUUCAAAUGAUGGAACGAGAAAUGGAUCCUGACGAAGCCUGGGAUAUACUGGACCAUUCGACCUCGACCAACAAUCAGCAGAAGACGGCACUGAGGCGCCUGGAUUUUGUCGAUGAACACGGCGCUUCGCUGGGAACAAUCUAUCUGGAUCUGCAAAAACGACAGGGCAAGUACGGACAUGCCGCCCAUUUCACCGUUCGAUGUGGUUGUAUGCUCGAAAGCCCAUACAAUAAUGCAGGCAGCUCUUCCGCCGAAGCGGUCUUCCAAAAACCAAUCAUUGCCUUGGUGUGCAAUUUGGCCAACUACAACCACGCGAGUGGCGGUUCGUCGCUCUUGACACACUCCGAAGUGGAGACAAUCUACCACGAACUUGGGCACAUGCUACACAGCAUGCUGUCACGGACCAAGUUCCAACACAUGUCCGGUACACGCGCUCCCAUGGACUUUGUCGAAACGCCCAGUCAUUGGCUAGAGCAUUUUGUGUGGGAUAAAGAAUUCCUGCAAGUAUUGGGUCGUCAUCAUCACACGGGUGAACCCAUUCCAGAGGAGCUCGUGACGCGGUUACAACAAUCACGGAAUGCCUUUUAUGCCAUUGAAAGACAGAACCAGAUUCUCUAUGCUCUAUUUGACCAGCAAAUUUUUGGGUCUUCGGUUCCUAGAGAUGGCGACUUGUCCAAGUCGCCCGCCGUGUCGGACACCACCGAAAUCUUUGCCGGUCUUCAUCGAGAACACGGAGUCCCGUACGCCGAGGGAACACAUUGGCACAGUCGGUUUGGGCAUCUUGUGACCUACGGAGCAUCCUAUUAUGGCUACUUGUAUUCGCAAGUCUUUGCGGGGGAUAUUUGGAAACAUUGCUUUGAAGGGGACAGUAUGAGCCGAGAAGCAGGAGAACGCAUUUGGAAGACAAUGCUCAUUCAUGGAGGUGCAAGAGAUCCAAAUCUUAUGCUGGAAGAGCUGCUGGGACGACGGCCUGGUACUGAUGCUAUAAAGAAAUAA